CUCCUCAGUGCUCUGCCCCGGCGGAAUCUACGGUUUGUCUAUUAUCCUUAGUGGGUAUAUAUGGAACCCGGGCGGCCAGCAUCGACCCUAUCCGAUGUGACUUAUCCUGCCUCAGGUAGCGAAGAGUUCUUGAACUCAACGACCGCUAUCUGAACGUUUUGCCCGCCUUAAUCGUUGAGUACACGGUUGCAAUGGAAUCGGUUCUGGCUAAAUCAGUCUUUCGGAGCCGAGCCAUUCGGCAAUCGAGUAUACUCUGUGGCCCUACGACGUUAACAGUUACUUCUAGUCCCCAGUGCCAUCCUCGUACCUUUGAGCAACGACGGACGAUAGCAUGGGGUGGUCGUCCAGGUGGCCCGGACUGGCAGUCACGAUUUGAGUCAAAGCUACGACGCUCCAUUGAAAAAGCAAAUCGCAUGCUUUUCCAUAAAUGCUCUCAUGGGAUGCGCCCACGGUCGGAAUGGUAUCGUUGGCAACAUGGAAAUCUCUGGGGCUGGUCUCAAUUUGGGUCAUUGGGGCCUCAUAGGGGACCGGGCGAUGGGCCUGGAUGGUCACCCUGGAAAUGGGGCCAAUCGUCCUGGGAAAAAGAAUUCACAGCUGAACAACAACGCUUUGAACAGGAAUUUGAGGAGUUCAAACGGCGGAUUCAUGCGGAUCCAUAUGGCAUGCUCUUUGGGAGGCGCCUUAUGCGGCUACACCCUUUCCCGCUUGGUCCGAAGGAUGAUACCCUGUCAGCCCUUUGGCGAUACCUCUUUGGAAUUGAAAAUAGUGCUGCCUCAUCUAAGGAACGAAGGCAUCGCCAUGGAGACGAAACCGCUUGCACCGCGAACGCGAACGUACAUAGCCAUUCCGAUGGUUUCCAAAAGGCAUCUCCAGACAAGGAAGCUCUGUUUGAGUUUGAUCCAAUAAGCGGCCGGAUGGUGCCCAAGGACUGCCCAAAUACAACCGUGGAAAAUGCACCAUUCGAAAAGAUCGCACAUGAUACGUUUGAUAUUCCCAUGAAAAGGUCACGCUCAGAGCUAGCAGAUAAUAGGAGUCGUUGCACAAAGGUCGAAGUGUCUGAAAACUCGCCUUUGCUGGAUCAGAAGCGUGACUGCGAUUCUUCGGUCGAGGGACCGAGAAUAGAUCGGCGUAACGCUUCAUCCAGCUCACAAGGGAUAAACAAGUCUGGCCAGAAGAGAAGCGAUGGAGUCUUUCUGAUGGGUGCCCCACAGAGUCAGGGUGAGGUGAAUGACCUUGGUUCUUCGAUUACGAAUACUUCCCUGGACAACGAACUGGGCAUGGACACAUCAAACAGCAGCGCGUUACGAGUUGAAGACGAAAAGCCGGGAUCACGGGCACCACAAAUACGCUGUGCACAGUCUGUCUUUGAUAAAUUCAAGGAUUAUCUUACUUGCAAGCCUGAGACAUACACACACGAUCGAGGCGUGUUAGCAAAUACUUGGAGCGCGAAGGAAAUGGCUCUAGAAGAUGUUCCACAUAAGUGUCGACCUGUUUUGCAUAAUGUUCCAUACGAGGAUCCGGAACGAAUGAACAUUGAUUCUCUACGCGCCAACGACGUGCGUGCAUCCUUUGAGCGUCGGAAUCCCGAGCUUGAAACCCAAAGAUGGGAAUCGAAAAUUGAUCAUAUAGUUAAUUCCCAGGCCGUUAACGCAUUGGGGGCACGUGGAAAUUCAAAUGAAACCACCGGUGCAAACGAUGAUGCUUCAUGUACUGCAACCGAUAUUGGUGAUAAGGGAAAAGUCGAGGACACUACCGGACAAACGCAAACCAGCUACGAAAGCGUGUAUGGUGAGGUCACUCCCAAGGACACACAAGCCCAAGCGUCUACAAGGGUGAACGAUUCUGUGUCCGAGAUGGACAUCGACCUAGAAGUACCUAUUACGGACACCAAUACAAGCCGUCUGACGCUACUCAUGAGGGCUGGGAGAACCUUGGAUAGAAUUGAAAGGACAAGUAGCGCCAUUCGAGCUUCACUGGGAGACACCUUAAAGAGUUCCGCAGACGUUCCAACAGAAUACAAGAUUCUUGCAUAUGACUCGUCAACAAUGAAGGUUCUGGAUGCUGUUAUAACUUCAACUUUCUCUUUCGAUUUUACUCCUCUCCAUCCAAUAGAGGCGAUAUCUCGAUUGAACAAACCUUCGAAGUUUCUUGCCUUUUUUUCGUCACUGACAUCUCAGGGCUACGAGAUUUUCUCGGCCAGCGGUGACGUACUUGUCUUCAAGAAGACACGACGAGGCGAUUUUGAGACAUCCCAGGGGGAUGAGUCUGGUACACCUGUUUCUUCUUCAAGCGGGUCUAUACAUUCACCGAGAAGAGCCACUGAGCUAGAUGGAGAGUCUAUCGAUGAAUUGGAGGCUAACGGAUCCACCUCCACUUUGCAAGCAAGGACUCCUUUAAAUAGACAAGAGAGCUGUGUAAACCCCGGAAGAGAGUCUAUGCACUCACCUCAAGGAGCUAUGCGGCUUGAACAAGAAUCCAUCGAGGACUUUGAAGCCAAGAGGACCGGAUCAUCAGAACUGAAACCUUCUGGUGCACAGGGUGAACCCGUCGCGAGCAUUGAUAAACAGCCCGUGCAUUCACCGAGUCAGGCGGCCCAAAGGGAACGAGAAUCCAUCAAAGAGUUUGAAACUAGCACGCUGAAAUCGACCACCUCGCAUCCUUCCACCAUGGUCCGGCGACAGGAGACCCAUUUCACGGGCGGACCGCCAAAUUGGUCACCAUACGACCCAAAUGAGAAAUCGAGACUUUCGCCUCCUCAAGGCGCCGGAACCGCGAGGAAGAAGGAGGAGGGUUUUCUGUCGUCGUUUCGGAGAGCGAUUCGUCGUGCUGUGUUGGCUGGAGUGGUUGCUGGGGGCACUUGUUAUGCAAUUGGUGUUGUCGCAGAAUAUUUUAGGACUGGAGGGCAAGAUGGUUUGGGGCCGAGAGGAUUCACGGGUCUUGAGGGCAGAUAAGGCUGGCCCUCGUCAGGGUCCUGGGGACAAAAUGGCCUUCCAACGUGCCCGAGAGGUCAGUGGGAUGGAACGAGAAUAUAUGGAUAAUUUGUCUAUUUAACCCCACGAGGGCGAUUGCACACUUUGUGUUUGCUUUUUUUUUUUUUUUUGGGUAAAUACUAUCAUCUUUUCUUUUGUUCCCACCUUUGCCCUUUCAGCGCCCCCAAAAAGCGUAACGGCUGAAUGCUGCGCAAGUGGCUUCCUCUCUCAUUCACAGUUACAUAGCCCCUUCCAGGGACUGAAAUUCUCCAAUACAAUGGCGUUUUGAGAAUCUCCGCGGGAGUAUUCUGGUAUUUUUGUUUGCAACCAUGAAUUGGAAUUCUAUUCUGAUAAAGCGAAGCGUCGAUGUUCUCUCAAUUAAGCUUUGCUCUAUUUAUACGGAGUACGGACUAGCUAAGCAAGUACGGAGUCGAGUUGGGGUUUUCAGGUGAGACAAAUCGCCUAACUGUAGAUCGGUUGGUCACUUGCAGAAGUAGCGACUUUUGUUAACGAGUUAGCGAGCAAUUCGGUAGCGAGUCGACUAGUUUCGAACCACCGUUACAAGGGUUGCCUGGGGGGAGGAGAUGCGAGAAAGAAUGGUCCUUUUUUUUGCACGACUUGCGCUUCCGUGCGGCUCCGGGAGGUGCCGGUGGUGUUUACGCAAUAGUCCGAAUUCCCCCCUCCCCCCUUUUAUUUGAUUUUCUUUUGCCCGGCUUGGGGUUCGAUGUGUGUGUGAAAGGAGACGUUCAUGUGCUGGAGCACGGAGGAGGGAUGAAGAACUCUUUUUGUUUCAUCACGAGUUCCAGAACCUCUCGUCUCCUGCUAAGACGGAAGAAGCGGGGAGUGGAUUUGCGUUGGUGAGUGAUGUGCGUCCUCAAGCUCUGCCCGCUCGGAACGUCGUCUCGGUUAGCUUUUUCGACGAUGGCUUCGAAAUGUCUCUCUCCCGCGUCGCUCUGCGAGCUGUUGUGGGAGGCUGAUCGCUUUAACGACAAGGAUGGCCGGAAAGGGGCAUCUUUAUGUAUGUACGGAGUACUCCGUAUGGAUGGAUGUAUUCCGUCCUGAGAACAGUCCACAGAGCUGAGAUGACAGCGGGAUACGGAGGAAAUGGCGUCCAUCCCAGAUGUCGCUGACUGCAACGGCGUGCCCACCCGCCGACGUCGGAUUGAGCCUCUCGCUGCGAGCGCUCCAGACACGGUAUGUCAGAGGAUCGUCGCCCGGUUUUUUCAUCGGGAGACGGGGUUUAACUCCUUUGAUCGACGGCUAUGUGUGUUAUUUCGUGCGGCAUGCAGCCUUGUCGUCUCGCGCGGUCUGACAGCAAAACCCGCUGCGCUAUCUUCCC